CCCACCACACGCACACGCAAACGUACUCCUCUCCUCUCCUGUCCGCUACCUGCCACCUCCGACCCCUCCCUGACUCCCGCACCUAUGCCCUUGUGGUGUGUGGUGUGUGGUGUGUGGUAUGUGCAUUUCUCAUUUCAUUCAUUUCUUGGUGGUGUCGGCCUGCUUCGCCGCCUCCCCGCCCUCCUUGCCUUCCUUCUUGCCUCCGAUGCCGCCCGCCGUGCCCUGGAUGGAUGUGGUGGUGCUGUGGGGAGCCGUCGUCAUGGUCGAGAUGGACUCGGACUCCACACGGCUCCAGUCGAUGCCCCGCUCUGGCUUCCAACCCGACUGCUCACGGAGGCGUUUCUUGAGCUGGUUCUGCCGUUUGAUGUGCAGCAACUCAGUAUCCUCACGGUCGUCAUCUACCGGCGACUCGCCUGCACCACACAUGCCAUUGGGCGGGAUGGACAGCGGAGAAUUAUGCGGCAGUGAUGCUCACGUCGGAUGGUACCUGUGUCGGCGCAUUGUGCGGCCUGCAGCUUGGCCUUCACCUCAAUGAGGCGGGCGGCGUCUUCGGCACGCUGCGAAGCACGCUCCGAUGCCAUCGCUAAAGGCUGUUGAGUUGGCGAGCUUUGU